AUGGAGGUCGCACCUGGAGAACCGAACGCGGGCGCUUCGGAGCAGAAAAAGCGCAAGCGCCCAAAGCCCGAUGCGUACCUUGCUGACAUCAGCGACCGGAAGCUGAAGGGGAAGCUGCGGCAUAAGGAGCGGCUGUACCUCCAGUCGUCAAAGGAGACAGCGAAAAUUGGCGAAUGGCUGGCGCCCGCAGAGGCGGGGACGCUCGAAGCCGAGGGCGCCGAGGAGACGUGGCGCUUCAAGCAGGACGAGAUCGCGCAGGCCGUCGCCGCCGGCGCGCGCCGCAAGGCGUUUGACUUGGAGCUCCCAGACCUGGGGCCCUACAAGGUCGCGUUCAGCCGGUCGGGGCGCCACCUGCUGCUUGGUGGCGAGCGCGGCCACCUGGCAGUGAUGGAGUGGGAGCGGUCGCGGCUCACGUGCGAAGUCCAGGUCGCCGAGACGACGCGCGCGGUGACGUUCCUGCACAACGAGCAGUUCUUCGCCGCGGCCCAGAAGAAGUACGUGUACAUCUACGACAAGCGCGGCCUCGAGGUGCACUGCCUGCGGGAGCACACGCAGCCGGCGGCGCUGGAGUUCCUGCCGCACCACUUCCUGCUGGCGUCGGUGGGCGAGCCCGGGAUCCUGCAUUACCAGGACACCACCCACGGCGGCAUCGUGGCGCAGCACCGCACCCGCCUGGGCCCCUGCGGCGUGAUGCGCCAAAACCCCCACAACGGCGUGCUCUGCCUCGGCCACGCCAACGGCACUGUGUCCAUGUGGACCCCCAACAUCUCGUCACCCGUCGUCAAGAUGCUCUGCCACAGGGGCGCGGUGACGGCGGUGGCCGUCGACCCCACGGGUCACCAGCUGGUCACCGCGGGCGUGGACUGCCAGGUCAAGGUGUGGGACGUGCGGACAUUCAAGCCGCUGCACGCCUACUUUGCCAACGCCCCCGCGACGGCCCUGGACAUCAGCCAGCGCGGGAUGCUGGCGGUCGGGCAGGGGCGGAGGAUACAGGUCUGGCGCGACGCCCUCUCCUCCAAAGCCCAGGCGCCCUACCUCACCUCUGUACUGCCCACCGGUGGUGUCGCCGCGCUGCGGUUCUGCCCCUUUGAGGACGUGCUGGGGGCGGGGGCGGCCGGCGGCUACAGCAGCCUGCUCGUGCCAGGCCACAGCAAUGCGGGGAGGCGCAGCCUCAUGUGA